GGGAAGCAAUCGCCAUGCUUGACCCUACUUGUAGCGAUCGACAAUCUUUUCGACAUAUCUUCAGGCCCCAACGGCUCAGCUGAAAUCCAUUCAGUUUCGAAUGCGAUGCUGUGAACGUUUCCAAGGACAACACCACGUAAAGCUUGUUUCAUCAUUGACAGCGUGACUCUCAACGCCCAAAACUGACAGGUCAUGAUGUGUCACCAUCAGUCAUGAUGCCAUGAACAAAGAACCGCGCGGUAGCUCCUGCUACUAGCAACAGGCUGCAACAGUCGAUCAACUUUCGUCAUCUCAAGAUAUGCUCCCGGAGUAUAUAUCCCUCCGAAGAGACCCAUGGAGAAAUAUAUUACCCUCCCAUCUGUACCCCGAUGCGUCUCUCGUCCUUCCUUGGGCUCGCGCAGACCGUCGCGAUCGCCGCCCUCGGCGCGCUCGCUCUUCCCGCGUACGAGACGAAUGAGCUCGUCGCGCGCGACGGCCAGAAGUAUGUCUUUGCGCACUUCAUCGUCGGCAUCGUCGCAUCGUACACCCAGGACGACUGGACGGCCGACAUGAAGCUUGCUCAAUCCAUUGGCAUCGACGGCUUUGCGCUCAACAUCGGCAAGGACGGAUACAACGACCAGCAGCUCGGAUACGCAUACGACGCCGCCGCGGCGCUCAACUUCUCCGUCUUCAUCUCCUUUGACUUCCACUACUGGACCAACGACGACGUCGCCGCCAUCGCGCAGAACCUCACUGCUUACUCCGCCAAGCCUGCGCAGUUCAAGGUUGGCGAGGCAGCGUUCGUGUCCUCGUUCGUGGGCGAUGGGUACGACUGGGGGAGCACCGCGACGCAGGCGGGCAUCCAGCUGUACGCGUGCCCGAACUGGCAAUCCGGUUCCUUUGCGGGCGCGAGCGGGGUGAGCUGUGGCUUCAGCUGGAACGCGUGGGCGAGCGAGAACAACAGCCCGAUCGACCAGAACAUCACCACUGACGGCGACAACGCGUACAUCUCGGCCCUCGGCAGCAUGCCCUACAUGAUGCCGAUCUCGCCCUGGUUCAACACCCACUACGGCCCUGCCCCUUCGUACGACAAGAACUGGAUCUUCUACUCAGACUGGCAGUGGAACCUCCGCUGGCAGCAGGCUCUCCAGCUCGCGCCGCAGUUCCUCGAGAUCUUGACCUGGAACGACUUCGGCGAGUCCCACUAUAUCGGCCCUCUCCACCCCGAUAACACCGACGUGUACGCUGGCGGCGCGACUGGCGCUGUUCAAUGGGUCACUGGCAUGCCUCACGAUGCAUGGCGCGACGUCGCAGCUCCGUACAUCAAGGCAUUCAAGGCUGGCGCUCAGUCCCCCACUGUUGACACCGAAGAACUCGUCUUCUACUACCGCCCAUCCCCCAAAGACGCCCCCUGCAGCGACAGCGUCCCCCAGCCCACCGGGUACGACGACGACGACGACUCGGUCUUCGUCAUCGCGAUGACCACGUCCGACGGGACGGUCGUCAUCACCUCGGGCUCGAACGCGCCCGUGUCGAUCCCCGUGUCCGCGGGCAUCACGACCGUGAGCGCGCCGAUGGCGACGGGCACGCAGACGUUUGAGCUGCUGCACGGCACGACGAGCGCGAUGAAGGGGUCGGGCGAUCUGCAGGUCAGCAGCGACUGCACGGUGUAUAACUUUAAUGCGUUUGUGGGGAGUGUUACGGCGUCGUCGUGAGGUAGAGUAGAGACUUGUGUACGCAUGUUCGAGCUUUCAUUCGAUGGGCUUGUUGGUAUUGGCUAAUUUAUUCGUUCGUGAUGUC